AUCCCUGUCAGUUGAUUCUCGGAGUGCUGCAGGGGAGGGGCCAGCAAGAUUUAUAAAAGGAAUGUUUCUUGUUUCCAAAUGUGUCUCACGCGUGGUCAUUGAACGUGUGAGAAAGAAGAGACCACAGUGCAAGAGGCUCAUCCUCUGGGGAUUCACACUCGGGGAGAAGAAUGAGGUUCCAGCUACUCACCUUAGCCAUGAUGGCGGCCUGCUUCUGCCUGAGCACUUCACAAGCAAACUCAUUGCUAGACUGCUGCUUGAAAUAUUACCAAGUGAAAUAUCCCAGGAGACUCGAGAAACACAUCAUCAAAUACCGAGAGCAGACCACAGGUGGAAGCUGCAACUUACAUGCAAUAGUCCUACAGUUGAAGCGUGGGGCCAUUUGUGUGAAUCCAAAAGCGGAUUGGGUCAAAAACUACAUCACAAGCGAUAAAAAUCGCAGAAAAAGUUGCUUGGAUGCUUCUAAACCCUGCAAACGUCGGAAGAAACAUUAAUCAAACUGUGAGCAGCAGUGAAGAGGGGAGGUGAUCCAUGACCCUCCGCAACCUGAGUCUGCUUCUUCUCUACAACCUGUCUUUGAAUAAAAGCUGAAGCGAUUGUCUAUGGCUGUACUGAAAGCAAUCAACACUUACACCAGCUGAAACAUAAUUAAGACAUCACCAAUGCCCCCCAACCCAACUGAAGAGGACAAUACAGGAAAGACGUUGUGGAACAAGGACACCACAUCACCAGCCAUACUAUUACCAUUGAACCAUUAUACACUUCAAUCAUAAUUAUUAAAUCAGCAAUGCUAUCAUUAUGUUUAACUGCAAACAUCUCCACUUUGAUCUCUUGGCUGCAUGUUGUUUAUUUUGUGCAAUGUUAUUUUUAUUUUUGUUCGCUUGUUAACCUGUACAAUUCACUCAAAAAAAGCCCCAAUAUUUUUGACAAGCUAGAAAGGUAGUAGACACAAAUCCAGAUAGUACUGGCAUCCAAAAAGAUAAAACAAAACUUGCAUUUUGCCCCCUGGACCAGGAACAGGCUGUUCAGCACCUGCAGCCAUCCAAUUAAGACAGGGGCUAAUCUGGUCCAGCAAACAAACUUCAUGGAGACAUGGGGUUAUUUUGCUCAAUAAACAGGCAUUAAAUGGGGGCUGUGCUAAUAAGACACUUUUGAGACCUGAUUGAAAAUCUGGAUUUUCUCACAAUUUUAUCCGACUUGCCGAUUACCAUCAUUUGAACUUGCCAGGAAGUGAGAAUCAGACACUUGCAGGUUUAGCAUUCUGAUGCUGAUCAGCUACAAUUUUCUUGGAGCGGUAUACGUGGGCUCCUCGCACCCGCUGUAGGCAUGGAGUGCUCUGUUCCGCACACAGUGAUGCGUUUCAGGAUUGCUCAGGGACAGAGGGAGAAGGCUCACUCGUUCUCACGUGGGGCACUAGAGAUCUCGAUGGAGGAGGCCCAACUGAGGAGGAUUGCCUUGUACCCACAGUGGGGAAGAACGCCAAUUUGCCCUCAUGUCCUUCCUUCUAGGAGCAGCUGGUGCUGGUUCUGCUGUGCCUGGCCUCAUGCACGCCUCCCAUUUCUCAUCCAGACCAAAGGGCCCUAGCAAGAUGCCCAUGACCAAACACUCCCUUUCUCCAGGCAACGCCUUUAAGGUAGAGUUGCACCCGAAAUCUUCAAAGGUUUCUAAAAUGAAUCUUGCUAGAGUGUUGGCAGAGCUUUGACAAAGUGUCCCUGAGGACAGUGAAAACUCUCCUGAUGUGUUUCAGAGAUUUUCUUCACAGCUCCAGGAACAAGCAUGAAUAUCAGUGCCCCUUGAAUUUUUUUUUUGCAAUGCUUGGCCUAUCCAUUUAAGUGCACGGUACUUCUAAAAUACUUCGCAAAAUCGUGCAGCAACUUAAAAGGAACAGCUUGCAUGGUAACUUCUAGGUUGCUAUGCAGCCACGCAGCUUAGAGACAGCAUUAAUGAGUAUCCCUUUAAGUAGCUGGUCGCUGUUAGGGGAAGUGCUAGUCAGGUAGCCUCUUUAAUGGGUACCAGCAGGCAUUUUAAGUGCUGAACGCGCUGUUGAAAAUCAUCCACACAAUAUUUCAGAUUUUUAAUUGCUUGUAUUAUGAAUUGUGGAGAAGUUGUCCACCUUAAUGUCCAACAGGGCUUCAUGAGGAGAAUGUCGUCUUGAUUACAACAGUAACAACAGUUACAGCCUCAGAUUUUCCAUUCACGUUCCAAGAGUCAGUCCAAAGUUUGCUGCUGCAGCUUGCAAUGAGCUGCAAAUUGAGCCAGCACCCUAGCCUGUAGGUAACACGUGACAUAUAAUCAUGGUCACCUUGUCUAGUUUCUAUUCUACAAUUAUUGAUUGAUUCUGAUUGUCUAACAUAGCUUCAUGUGGAGUGUACCUGCUGAAAUAACCCUGAUUGUGUAUAUGGUAAAGAUUUUUUUCUUUUUCAAUAAAUUUUGAUUGUUUUAUCAAACUGUA